AUCUGGUUGGCUGCAAGCUGGCAGAGAGCCUGAGCGACGCCUCCAACUCCGAUGAGGUCAUCCCAGCUCCCCUUUUUGGGUACUACAGGCAAGAUCUGCGCUGCCUCAGCAUUAAGGUCAGCUCGCGGCUCCCCCGGAAAAACGGAUGCCUCUAGGAAGCCCCCUGCCGCCCAUCCCCCCAGCCCAGACCCCGCGAUUCCCUUAAAGCGAAAGGAAGAGCAGGAGGGGAUUGACCGCAAUGGAUGUUCCCGUUUGCUCGGAUUUGAACGCUGUUUGCGAGUCGGUUGCAAGAAAUUGCGGAGCUGCCAGUGCCCGGCGCCUGCCUAACUAGCGCCGGGGAGGAGGCAACUCCCGAGCUCGCCGCUGUCAGCAGCGACACUGCUCGCUCAGCCCGCUCCCCAAUUCGGAUUCCCCCAUCCGCGGGCGGGGAUGCAGCGGCCCCGCAGAGAGCGGCGCGGGCUCCAUCGGCUCCCAGUCCCCGGAGACUGGCUGCUGCGGGACAAGCGGAUCCCGAAGUAGGGUUCGCAGCUCACCCCACGCUCCGAGUGACGGGAAGAGCAAAGGUUUCCCGCGCUGGGCGCGCUCCAGCCCGCCCUUCAGCACUCGGGCAGCUCCCUGCACGCCGGGCCGGGGACAAACUCCUACGGAUGCGCUGGCCGAGUAACUCCGGGGCUCGCUGAGAGCCCAGUGGCUGGUCUGGCCUGCGGCGCGUCCCUCUCCCCACCCGGCAGCCAGGCCGGAGCCGGAGUCCCGCCGCAGCUCCCUGUUGCGACUUCCGAUGCCCUUUCGGCUCCGCAGGGUUCCCCGCCCGCGGCCCGAGAAGAGACCCGGAGAGAAACUUCAGCACCCGGACAGCUCCCAUCGAGACGCGGGGACAGCAGCACCGCCCCGCGGGUGUGUCAAGCCAAGCCCGGCCCCGGUGGGAGCGGUGACCCCGGGAGGAUGAGGGCAGCGAUCUGGACCUGAUUCUACCCGCGCCAGCGCAGCGAUGGGGAGCUGACCUUCCUCCCCCGGCUGUGCUGCUACCUAUUCGGCUGCUCCAUUUGAAUGCCUACUUUGCCUGGGAGUCUUCCCCUCUUUCACUAAUUCAACCCCCCCCCCCUUUGCAUAUUUUCUGGAGACGGGGGGGCUGAUAUCUUUGCAGAGAGCCUGCUCUGGCUGUCCUUUGGUUUGGCAGUUACAAGGCUGGAGGGUGCCUGGGUAGUGUAUUGUACCAAUGCAGCAACCCCGAUGAGCAGCAGCGUUAGAAAGAAACCCAGGAUUGACUCUGCUGGUGGGGGGUGAAAAAACACCCCCACAACUUUGGCACCCGGAAAAGCGUGUGUCCCCCUACCCCACCCCAGCCAAGCUUCUUUCUUCGGCGACCAUAGAAAGACAUUUCCCAUCCUAUGUAGCUGAGGGUAAAAGCGUACCCUGGGGGCCGCGCCACAUCUGGCAGGGAUUUGGGGGUUUAAAUCCAGUGUCCGCCGCAAUCAACAAUGGCAAAUGAACCGGUGAUUCUGAAUGUUUAUGAUAUGUACUGGAUAAAUGAAUACACCUCUACCUUGGGGAUUGGGGUCUUCCACUCCGGCAUCGAGAUCUACGGCAGAGAAUUUGCCUAUGGAGGGCAUCCUUAUCCUUUCAGUGGGAUUUUCGAGAUCACACCUGGCAGUGCGGUAGAGCUUGGCGAGACCUUUAAGUUCAAAGAGUCCGUUGCCUUGGGCACCACUGAUUUCACAGAAGAGGAUGUGGAUAAGAUUAUUGAGGAGCUGGGCAAGGAGUACAAGGGCAAUGCAUACCAUCUUAUGCACAAGAACUGCAAUCACUUCUCCACCGCUCUAGCAGAGAUCCUGUGUGGGAAGGAGAUCCCCCGUUGGGUGAAUCGCCUAGCUUACUUCAGCUCGUGCAUCCCUUUUCUCCAAAGUUGCCUCCCCAAGGAGUGGCUGACCCCAGCAGCCUUGCAGAGCCACAUCAACCUCGGCCUCCACAAGGAAGAGCAGGAAGACACGACAGAUGAGGAGUCCCCAUCCACUUCUGCGGCUGCCUCAGCCUCAGGCACCUCGCGAACCUUUCUGUCAAGACUGCCCCCCUGGACGUACCAAAUGAAGGAAGCAGAACCUCAGCUUGACUUUUGCAUCUCUAAGACCAGCAACAAGCUCCUACCAAUCUUCUUUUUUGUAAUUACCAGGUUUCUAAAUCAUUCGAAGGACAAGUGAAAGGUACUGCUGUUCUACGACCACCAGUUUUCUGUGUUAGAAUUUAAGAGAUCAGAGGACUGCCUUCCCCCCAACAAUACCAAAUUUACCUAGAAAACAAAUGUGUAAUGGUGAUUUUUAUUUGGUUACAACAGGGGGUGGGGGCUAAUGCUUGGGGGUAGCUACUAAGUAGAUGCAGGGGUGUUCUCUGGUGGAUUGGUUCUCUUACUUCCCCUACCCAAGUCACCAGUUUCACAUCCCUGGUUUGCUGUUUCCCUUCCUUUUCAGUGGGGUGUUAAAUCUGUCUUCUGGCUGACUAGCCAGCUGCCUCUGGCAACCUGUGUUUUGGGGAGGGACUUUUGGAGUGAGAGGGUGGUGAGAGGGAAUCCCUUGGGCAAAUUGCUAUUUCCUGCAGUCUUUCUUCCCAGAACCACAGAACCCAACAUAUGGGUCCCUUGGCAGCCAUCUACCCAGUCUAAAUUUAAAGCCAAGCCAGGAAGGCGAAAACUAUCUAGACAGAGAAUAAACCAGAAGAAUUGACAUUUGUUCCCCUGCCUCAGAGGCUGUUUUGGGAUGGAGAGGGCAGCUUGGAAUCCUGUCAGGAAGCAGAGGAUGCUGCACCAUGUACAUCCCCAUGGCAUCUUCUGUUACAUAACAAUCUCUUUAUUUCAGUCAUUUGGGAUAGAAAAGGGGCAAGGCUGGUUGACCAACCAGCCCAGCAUUAAGAACAGGAGUACUUGUGGCACUUUAGAGACUAACAAAUUUAUCUAAGCAUAAGCUUUAGAUGUAUUAUGCCCAUGAUGAUGGUUUCUGUGGUGGAGGGAAGGUGGAGAAGGGAGCAGGUACGCCAAUUCCAUUAUUCAAUCACCUAACCAGGAAUUAAGUUCAGCGGCUACACCAGCAUGGAAAAGGAAAAUCUAGGUCCCUCUUCCCCCACCAGCUAUGCAGAAGAGGAAGACAAAAGAGUCUAAGGAUUCAUGUGUAAUGUAUUGACUUAGGGCCUGAUUCUUGGAAGUGCUGCGCACCAGCAGCUCCAGCUGAAGGCAGGAGGAGCUCUGGGUGCUCAGUGCCUGUGAAAAUCAGGCUGUUAAUGUGGAUAAUCCUGUCUCCUGCUGGUGGUCAGCCACAGUGAGAAUAACAGCAUGCUAAUUACAACCAGCUACGCAAGCUACUCCAUUAGCUCAAGUUUAUAGAAAUUGUGGGCUUGAUAUUGAAAGUCCUGGGUUUGAUCCCCACUGAUAUGCCUAAUGUCUGUACAUACGUGGCCUCAGUUUGUUACGUGUAUGUAUCUAUAUGCCCAGAUCGAUUAAGGAAUAAUGAGAACCCUGUGAAGAGGUUGGGACAACUGCUGCAUUCUUGGCAAGGUAGCAGACUCUAAGGGCUUUUGAUGGCCAGAAAUUCAAUCCUUACGGUAUGGUCUAACCUCAUCCCCCUACAAUGAUGCACAUGUGUACAAUGAAACCUUUACAACAUGCUUCUAAUGUUUCAUAAUCUCUACAAUGAAUAUUAAAAAGCUGUAGUUCCUAGUAUCCCUGCCCAAAUCCAAAGUCACAUUCUCUGUUAACCUUGACUACCCCGGCUGGUACCCACAAUCAGUACCGCGUUGUCAAUUAUUCCACUGCUCUUGGCAUAGCUACCCAGAACCAGCACCACACUCUAUUAUCCUGGGUUCCUGGUGUAGUUGCAUAGAGCCAGCAUCACAUUCUCUAUUACCCUGGUUUGUUCCGCGAUGAUUUACUAGGAUCAGCAUCAUAUUCUCCAUUCAGGGCCGGCUCCAGGCACCAGCGCAGGAAACAGGUGCUUGGGGCGGCCAAUGGGAAAGAACGAAGCGGCGUGGUAGAGCUGCUGCCGAAGUGCCGCCGAUCGCGGCUUUUUUUUUUUUUCCCCUUUGCUGCUCGGGGCAGCAAAAAAGCUGGAGCCGGCCCUGUCUCCAUUAUUCUGAAGUUGCCAGAGCUGCUGCCGCCCAGACACAACAUUACACAAUACAGUACUGCACAGUCAGUUGCCCUGCAGUGACUCAUGUUACUGCCUAAACCAGCCAUGCAAUCUCCAUUUUUUUGAAGUUCCCAGGGUCGCUGCCAAAACCAGCAUUGUGACCGCAGGUAUGUGCAGUGACUGGAAGGAACUGAGUGGAGAUCUCCCGGAGCUUUCAUUUGGUGAGGGAACAUUGCAGUCAGAUUAAGAGGUAAUAGCAAAUAGUCCCUGAUCAACUGCCAUCCAUCCAUCACCCCAACCUGCCAUCUUGCAUCUGAUCUCCUAUGAAGCAUCACAUUGGAAGUCCCAGAUGGAAUCAGGGCUCCAGUGACAUACCUUUCCUAAGGAAAAUGCUUUCUCAAAAUAUUUUACUAAACCACAUACAUAACUAGCUUUAUUUUAAUCCAGGCAAGCUGCAUUCUUCCUCCAUUCAAGCCUUUGGGGAGAGGAGACAUUCUUGAGGUUGCAGGACACUCCUUUGGUGCAAGCUGUUAGCACUAUAAAAAGAUAAUUUUUUUUUUUGCAAUGGGGACAAGGCGGUGAAAGAGAAUCAAACCAUCAAUGUGGCUAAUUCAUAGUUCAGAAUGUGUUCUAGUCCUCAAAACUGCUGCUUACCUCCCCGCCCUGGCCAAGCUACCUGACCAACGGUGACCAGAAUAAAGAAAAGCGACACUGUGGAAAUAAAAAGUAUAAUAACAAUAUUGUUACCUGUGUAAUUAACCACAUUUUUAAUGAUUAAAAUGGAGUUUUUAAAAUCUAA